UUACGCAGUUCAGUACGCUAUUUUUCUUUUCUGUAGACAUUUUGUAUACAUAAUUAUAUCAUCUUUUUUUAUAUUUUGCAUUGCUUUGUAACCUAAUUAUAACCGCGGCUGAAAUCGUAUUAUUAUUAUUAUUAUUAUUAUUAUUAUUAUUACAGUUUUCGUCUUGUUUAUUUGUAAAAUGGCGCUGUAGUUUACCUUUAACAAAUAACAACUGUUCUAAGACGAGCUAUCCCUCGGCCGCUGCAGACACACAGGGAGGUUCUUAUGAAUACUCGAGAAUGAAUGUGGGCAAAAGUGGAUAUCGGGUCUUUUCGGCCAAUUCGACUGCAGCAUGCACAGAACUGGGCAAGAAGAUAACCGAACGUCUUGGUGUUGAGCUGGGGAAGGCAGUGGUCUAUCAGGAACCCAACCGGGAAACCCGAGUGGAAAUCAACGAGUCUGUGCGUGGACAGGACAUCUUCAUCAUACAGACGAUUCCCAGGGAUGUUAACACGGCUAUAAUGGAGCUGUUGGUCAUGGCAUAUGCUCUCAAGACUUCCUGUGCAAAGAACAUUAUCGGAGUCAUCCCCUACUUUCCUUACAGUAAACAGUGCAAGAUGAGGAAACGGGGAUCCAUUGUGUGCAAACUGCUGGCGUCAAUGUUAGCCAAAGCAGGUUUAACACACAUCAUCACAAUGGACCUCCAUCAGAAGGAGAUCCAGGGCUUCUUCAGUUUCCCUGUGGACAACCUGAGAGCAUCGCCGUUCCUGCUGCAGUACAUUCAGGAGGAGGUUCCGGAUUAUCGGAAUGCAAUUAUCGUAGCAAAGUCCCCGUCCGCCGCUAAAAGGGCCCAGUCGUAUGCAGAGAGGCUGAGACUGGGGUUAGCUGUGAUGCAUGGGGAGGCUCAGUGCUCUGAGUCUGACAUGGCUGACGGGAGACACUCUCCUCCCUCAGUCCGAAACACAACGGGGCACCCUGGUCUGGAGCUGCCAUUAGGGAAGCACCGUGCUCCAUUUCCUGGGAUAGAGCUCCCGAGGAUGAUGGCCAAGGAGAAACCACCCAUUACUGUGGUAGGAGAUGUGGGAGGAAGGAUUGCCAUCAUAGUGGAUGACAUCGUGGAUGAUGUGGAGGAUUUCGUGGCCGCGGCGGAGAUCCUGAAGGAAAGGGGUGCGUAUAAGAUCUACAUCAUGGCUACUCACGGACUGCUGUCGGGCGACGCGCCUCGUCUCAUCGAGGAAUCCGCUAUCGAUGAGGUGGUGGUCACAAACACUGUGCCCCACGAGGUGCAGAAGCUGCAGUGUCCGAAGAUCAAGACGGUCGACGUCAGCAUGAUCCUGGCAGAGGCGAUUCGGAGGAUCCACAACGGCGAGUCGAUGGCAUACCUGUUCCGCAACAUCACUGUGGACGACUAGAGCAGAGCUGAGCCGAGCUUGGGCACCUGUGAUACUCCCGCUUCUGCGUGAAACAGCAAGCUAACCCUUUGGAACAUGGGAGCAAGCGUCAGUGCAAGAGCAUAUGUCAUUUCCUCCCAAGUCCAUUUAUCCUGAUUUGGUGACCCACGUGCCAAAGUGAACCACCAGUUGUGAAAUAACAUCAUUGAAUACCAAUGUGCUUCAGCCUCAGCCCUCAUUCUGCUAAACUCCAGAACAUGCGAGUUGGCAGUAUGUUUACAAGCGCUGCAAAACUGUGUAAAAUGCACUGUUUUGUUUUGUGUGUGUUUCCUGUCAAGCCAUGAAUAAAAACCAAUUAGCAAAGUGUACUGUGCAAAGAUUUUUCAAUAAAGAGAGAGAAAUGCAA